UACAAAAAUGUACUUUCAAAACACCUUCGGUACGCAUUUUCAUCUUUGAAAUAUCCAUCAAUGUACCAGUUAAUGACGUAUGCUAUAAAAUAUAGAUAGCCAACUGCAUUCUUAAAGUUGCUGAUUGUUUACAAAUAGGUGGUACUCUCAAACUAGAGGUAAUCAGAAGUAAAGUUUAUAUUGAAAAGAAAUAAUAUACUUGGAUUUAAUAAUAUGCUUGGAUUUAUUGAGUUCAUUUUUAACAAUGGUUCUGUUCACACAUGGCGGGUUAUCCAAGAAUCUGGUUGUGAGUUCCAGGGCCGGACUGGGACAAAAUUUCAGGCCGGGAAAUCUCUCAAUCAUCCAGGCCACAACACAUUUUGGAACUACAGACAACCCAUUUUUUUGUAUGGCCAUCACAUAGAAAAAUGUCUAAAUCCUUAGACUGGGGCCGUCAAAACACAUUUAUCAAUACUGUGUUCACAGUUCUCUUUACCAACUUUCAACUUGGCACAAGUUAAUUUCAUAUUCAAAAUGCACUAAAAUACAAAAACACUUUAAACGUCUCAAAUCAAGUCAUUCUUCCAUAACACUAGCAAGGGUUGAUGAUGAUAAUAAUGGGGUGCUACUGCUAAAAUUUGCUAGCUUAACUAAGUUAACGAAGACAAACCUACAGCAGCCUAUUUACAGAUUAAACUGACCUGCCCCUGAAGCCCUGAACAGGUCAGUAAUUUUGUUACAUGUUGCUGCUUCUUCUUUGAGAGCUUUCCUUUUGCGUGCCCGCUUCAUCUCCAUCCUCGAGUGAGUCUCUCGCAUUGUUCAAAUUCUGUUCAAAACCGUUUGGCGGAAGAGCGAGCGCGCGUGAGCCGAAUCACAGCGCUGCCAGUCAAGAGUAACCGAUUCAUGAUUUAUUAUCGAUUUAUUAUCGAAUGAAGAAUUCGGAAAUUAUCAUUUUAGUACAUUGGGCAUGCAUUAAUACAGGGCAGCGGGCCAAAUCUGGCCAGUCCGGGACUGGUGAGUCCAGUGGGUGCGAGUUUGUUUAUAGAAUGUGGUUGUUAGGCCUACUCCUGCAGUGUGUUAAUGUAACCGUAUUAAGGACUCAAAUAAAGGACUGACAAAAGUAUUCUGCUGCUGUGUGAACGUGGCAAUGAUAAUGCUUGUUUGUUAUUUUAAGUGCUGCGCUGCGCAGAGUGCGCAGCUCGAGGCGUUGUCAUGACAACGGCAUCAACACUAACUGUAUCCAACAACAGCUAGGGCUAAGCGAUUAUGUGUUGUGCACGGGCUAGACAGGUAAGUUUCUGAGACCACCAAGUUUACUCUUGAUUCAAGAUCCAAUAUUCAAAACACGCUCUUACGCCAUAUGAUAGCCUAUUCAGAGGCUAUUUGUCGUGCUGUAUGUGAGAGAUACUCUACAUUGCAGGAAUCAUGAGUUUGCAGGGCUCUCCAGUAAAGGUGUACAUUCGCAUCCGACCUACAGCCAAUUUUGCGCAUGAGCUCAUUGAAUGCCUACCUGACCAGCAGACUUUGAGAGUACGGUGGUCACGGAAAGACUCCAAGAAAGGAAAGAGGAACAAUCAUCUGAGCUCAUGGUUAUUUCAGCUGAAUGGAGUGCUUCACAAUGUGUCACAAGAGGACAUCUAUGAUCGUGUAGCCCGGAGUGUAGUACUGGGAGCCUUUGGGGGCUACAAUGGUACAAUAAUGUGCUUUGGGCAAACUGGAGCAGGGAAAACAUACACUAUGACAGGUGCUGCAGAGACUUACAAACAGAGAGGCAUCAUUCCUCGAGCCCUACAGGAGGUUUUCCAGGAGGUGGAGCAUCGUGUAGAUCAUACAUUCUCUGUUCACCUUUCCUUCCUGGAAAUCUAUAAUGAGACAAUGGUAGACUUGCUCUCCAGCUUAAAGCAGGGAAAAGGUUCACAUAGUGGGGUCUUAACUGUGGUAGAAGAACCAGGGUGUGGAGUCUCAGUUAAAGGAUUGUCUUUACAUCUGGUUCACAAUGAAGAGGAGGCUCUUAACCUGCUUUUUGAGGGGGAGAUGAACAGAAUAAUUGGAGAACAUGCCCUUAAUAAACAUUCCUCCAGGUCUCACUGCAUAUUUACCAUCCACAUUGAGUCUCGCUCUCGCACACUGUCAGACGCAAAAUACAUCACCUCUAAACUGAACCUGGUGGACCUGGCGGGAUCUGAAAGACUUAGCAAAACUGGGUCAGAGGGUCAAGUCCAAAUGGAGGCAAUGUAUAUCAACAAGUCCCUUUCUUUCCUGGAGCAGGUUAUCUUAGCUCUAGCUGACAGUCGUAGAGAACAUGUUCCCUUCAGACAGAGCAAACUUACCCAUGCUCUCAAAGACUCACUUGGAGGAAACUGUAACACAGUGCUUGUGGCAAACAUAUAUGGUGAAGGGGCACAAAUUGAAGAGACGCUUUCAACUCUUCGCUUUGCCACCAGAAUGAAAUGUGUGAAGACAAAGCCGUUAAUCAAUGAACAUGUCGACCCAGUGCUUCAGGUGCAAAGACUAGAGAAAGAAAUCCAGUUUCUUAAGGAGGAGCUGUCUAUGUGUAACAAACUGACUAAUAGGGUUGGAGUUUCUAAUGAGAUCCUGUCAGAGACACAGGUGGAGGAAGUAAGGAGUCAGGUGCAGAGAUACCUGUCUGGAUCACUGGCUGAGAUUCCGAUUGUAAGUAUUGCACAAAUCCAAGAGGUGUUUGCCCAGUUCAAAAAAGUGGUGCUGGAGCAGCAAACAAAGUUGCGAGAGCAGCUCUGUCCGAGAAAUGCUCGCGUAGAGAAAGCCAUGAACACAACACCUUCUACUGUUGCAGAGGUUCAGGGGUCUGUAUGUGCUGUUGGCGAGGUGGACAGUUGUGGAUAUGGCCUUGGUUUAGCUAAAUAUUCACAGAGACAUCAACAAGCUGUGUCACCUAAACCAAGUAAAGCAAGAAAAGACAAACGGAUAAGCAGAAAGGAAGAAGCAGUGAGCGAGUGGCCAGAGGAAAACACAACUGUACAAGCUGCACAGCCUCAAAACAUGAGUGAAUCUGACAUGACCACACAAGAACCCCAACAACAAGAUCCAGAAGAGCAACAACACAGAACUGACUCUCCUCCACCCAAAGCUGAGGCAUUUGAGGAUUUCAAAGCAGAACGGGGAAGUGAGAUUAACCGCAUACUAAAGGAGAACAAAGCUGUGCUGUUGGACCGCACUUCCCAAUUACGCACCCUCACUGAUGUCAUCAGUGUGACUAAACGGGAUCUUGACAACAUUACAUAUGAGCUACGACAGUUCAGAGAGCGAAGACAAAGCCAGGGUCAGUUUGUGAGUGCGGAGGGGGAGCCUGUGCUGGAGGAGGCUGAACUGUCUCUAGUGAUGCAGCUAAAAGAGCUGAAGAACCGUUAUAGACAAGCCUAUGAGGACUUCAAAUGCACAAAGGCAGAAGUCAGCUACUGUCAGCACCUGGUGAAUCAGUGCCGCACACGACUGCUAACAGAGUUUGAGAGCUGGUACAAUGAGUCUUUCCUGUUGCCGGAUGAAGUGCUGUCAGUCUUUGAGACAGGACCAAUUAGGCCAGGUCACAUAGCUGUGGACAAAGCAUUAACUCUGAUGGAGGAUGAUGAAGAGCACUGUGAUAAUCCCUGUCAGAAGCUGCAUGCAGACAGUUCCAGUGCGGUGUCAUUUUAUAAUGCCUACAACAGGACUCUACAGAGGAGGGGAAGCAGACAGGUGUCUCAGAGUCCAGACUCAGUGAGGGGCAGCAGGAGUAAGAUAAAACCUCCUGUUCUCUCAGUCAUCUGAUGAAGGCGUCUGUGUGCUCAUUCUCACUCUCCAGAGUACUUUACACUUUCUGAAGCGUUUCCAUGGAUGUUUGACAUUGGUAGAACAUAUGAAAACACCUGCUAUCUGAAAGCUGCUUGUGCUGUAUAAUGUGCUAAUCUGUCCCUCAAGUCGUAAUUAAUAUUGUUCAAACACAAUCUGUCUAUAAAAUGUUUGGAUAAUUUUUCAGGUUGAACGUGUACUGCAUAAUUGACUACAUUGUUAUUAUGUACUUGUUAGACUUGUUUCUCAAACAUCAAAUCUACACUUGGCAGUAUAUUUUCCACUUUAAGAAAACAGCAGUUUGUGCUAAUCAGAGGCAAAAACAACCUCAGUACAUCAGGUUGUUAAAUGAAAAGUAAACUUUAUUAUUCCUGAACCACAAAAUAGACUUCUUUGGUUGUACAAAUUCACUAGUUACAGUCCUGAAUGAGCUCUAUUCCCAGACCUUUUUUCCCACCCUCCCCUUUAGCAAAAAAACAAACAAACAAAAAUCCUCCCCAACAAGAAAACAAUAAGAGAGCUCAAACUCUUUUGCUCUGAAAAAGUAAAAAUGUAGUGAACCCCAUUAUCCCAUUGGUUACAGAAAACCAACUUUUUUUUUUCUCUCAAACUACAAUUUAAAAAAAAAAAAAAAAAAAAAAAAAAAAAAAAAAAUCAAUGAUGAGCAAUCCCAAAUUGUAAUUAACCAAAACUGAAUUUCAGUCAAUGAGAGCAACACAAAAGCUAAGAUUAGUAAAAUUAAAAAAAAGAUUAUUUCAUAUGUUCGACAGGUUCAUCGGGACACAGUGUUGAUGGCAGCCAGGGUGGUGAACAACUGAUUUGAGAACAUGACAUAAAACGUGUUUAUUUGAAGGAAUAAUAAAAGUAUAUUGUCUUAGUCCUCACACAGGAUUGACAGUAAAAUUGCAAUAAGCAAUUAACCAAUAUACACACAGGGAUCAGUCAGUCAAGACCCUGGUAGAAUCAUCUACACCCUCCAGACUUUUGUUUGGUCUUGGGGCAGAAAGGCUCAGAUUCAACUCUGAUUUUUGCUUCUUUUUUUUUAAGCAUUUAUACAUUAUUCACACAAUGAGCUUUUUAGUGGCUUCAACCAAUUAAAAUGUAGAUUAGAAAACAUCUACUACCUUCACACACCUGUCAGAGUAAGAGAAAGAAAAGAUAUGAGCAAGAUUCGUAGAUGUUAAUAGAGACCAAAUUCGAUUCAAUUCGAUUCAAUUUCCUCCUCGCACUCCCAAAAUGGUACCAUAUGUUUAUGGAGAGGUGAGUGUUUGUCAGAGUGAAAUUCUACACUCUGGUCACUCUGUGUAGUAAAGGGAAUGAUUCAACGUAUAGAUAUACAACAUGCCCCAGACCGAGGAGUAGAAAAAAAAAAAUGGAGAAUGCAUUUUAGGUGAUUAAGAUCACCAAAUGAACAAAAAAAAAAAAAAAGUCUUAGGAAAA